CAACAGAAACAGUUCUAUGUUCCAAAUGAAUGUAAUAUAAUUUAGCUUUUUGAAAUCGAUAAUGCAGUUGUUGAUUGCAGGGUUGUUUCUGCUUAUAAGUCUAGCUGAUGUGUGGUGUGUUGACGAAAUAUCGCUACAGAAAAAUGAUACGUCCCUCAGGAUCAUUUUUAAUCCUUCAAGCAGCCUUUUUGACUUAACCCUUUCUUAUGGUGAUGCUGCAGUGCUUAAUGCAACUCUUGGACAUGGUUUAGGGCUUACCGAAGACAAAAUAACGAAUUGCGAUGGUUUAAGUAAUUGUUAUCUAUUCGGUGACGACAUUCGAAUGCACGUUCACUCGAACAUCGACAAUGGUUUUACGAUAUUUUGGAGAACGAAAAAUACUUCUGUAGAGUUUAUGGACUGUGUCGAUUUGAACACAGAAGCACAAACGCAUUGGUAUGGAGGUCCAGAGAGGAAUUAUCAACAUUACCCUAUUGAAAAACUAGUGAUAGAUGGCGUAGAUUAUGCAGUUCACGAACAGAAUUUUAGUGCAAUCUCAGAACCGUACUGGGUCAAUUCGAGGGGUGCAUAUUUGUUUGUUGACGAAAGGGUGCCACUUUUUGUCGACCAAAACAAUGCAUUUCAGGGAAGGGCGUGUUUCAUAGCCAAGCAACAAGAUCCUUAUCAUAAUAGGCCAAAGAUUGUCCUAAAUUAUACUCUGGCAGCCCAAGAAAAUGUGAGGGAAGCCCAUAUACACGCGGUACAACACUUCCUUGGAAAACCAACAGGACACCCGAACAAUAAGAUGAUUUCAAGACCAAUUUGGUCUACAUGGGCAAGGUAUAAGAAAAAUAUUAAUGAUGCCACUUUACUUGAAUUUGCCAACGAAAUAGUCAAUAAUGGGUUUAGGGAUGGUCAAUUUGAAAUUGAUGAUUAUUGGGAGACUUGUUAUGGAUCGCUAACGUUCGGAGAUACAUUUCCAAACAUUAAUAGUACAGUGCAAACAAUAAAAGCCAUGGACUUUCGAGUAACCUUAUGGGUGCAUCCGUUCAUAAAUGUUAACUGCUCUUUCAUAGAAAGAGGAAUGAAUAAUGAUUUCAUUGCUAAAGCUGCAGAUGGAACGGUGACAACUACCUGGUGGAACAGCGAGGAUGGGUAUGAUGCAGUCUACAUUGAUUUUACAAAUCCAGAAGCUAGAGAGUGGUUCGCUGACAGACUCAAUUUAAUUAAACAAUUACACGACAUUGAUGCGUUUAAGUUUGACGCUGGAGAAUCAAGUUUUGCCACAGACAUGCCUGUAUUAUCAGGGGAUCCCGAACUGGCACCUAACAGUUUAGUCUCUGAUUAUGUUAAAACUUGCGCUACUUUUGGAGAUCUUAUAGAAGUACGAACAGGAUACAGAACUCAGUAUUUGCCUGUAUUCGUAAGAAUGAUUGACAAAGAUUCUUAUUGGGGAGAGAACAAUGGUCUAUACACCCUCAUAACAACAUUGAUUGCCAUGAAUUUGAACGGUUAUGUCCUAGUUCUUCCCGACAUGGUGGGAGGAAAUGGAUACGAGAAUGCUGGAGGAACUCCAGGUGGCGAACUCUUCGUCAGAUGGCUUCAAGCUAAUACUUUCAUGCCCGCUAUCCAAUUCAGUUAUGUUCCGUGGGAUUAUGAAACACUGACGGAUAGUACAGGAACUACAUAUAAUGUAGUCGAAGUUUCACAGAAGUUUGUUGCACUUCAUGACCAAUAUUCGAAUUACAUAAUCCAAACUAUGGAGACCAGCAUCGAAAAAGGCUAUCCCGUGAACGCCCCAUUGUGGUGGGUUGAUCCUACUGAUCCUGACUCUCUUAAAGAAGAUACAGAGUAUAUGCUUGGAGAAGAUAUUCUCGUAGCUCCUGUGAUAGUAGAAGGAGCAGUCUCUAGAGACGUUUACUUACCACAAGGUACGUGGAUCGAUGGUAAUUCUGGAACUGAAUACGAGGGUAGACAAACAAUUAGAAACUAUUCAGCUCCUUUGGACACACUUCCCUAUUUUAUUCGUAAAGAUGUCGUCGUCACGGAACCAACAUCUGCAUCGUUCACCAUCAAUUCCUCGAAUUUCCUUUCUUUUGGGAUUGGAUUUGUCAUUACAAUUUUGAUAUUCGUAUCGUCGUAGAAUACCAAAAACCUAUUCGUGUGUUGUUAACUGCAUAGUUUUAGUUAUACGAUAAUUUAUUGUAGAUUAGAUAUUUUUGUUAUUCUUGUAAAUAUAACUUAUGUUGUUGUACCUAUUGGUAAUAAUAAAUUGUUCGAUAAUAUACAUA